AUGGCUUCUUCUGCGGAUGCUCUGGCGGGUGGCAUUUCGUCUCUGAGAUUGGGUGCCGACAAAUACCGAUCGCUCCUGAACGAUGGAAAAAGUGGGAAUAUACGGUGGCGAUACGGUGGUCCUCCGAUAUUCGACACCGUGAACAAGCUCUUUGAAGAAGAAAGAACACAUGGCCAAACAAGCCUAACUCUCUCGACAUCAAAAGCUAAUAUGGCUACUAGAGAUAAGUAUAGAUUUAUCCUUGAAGAUUCAGGACAGAUCAAAUGGAGGUAUGGUCACCCUCCAGCCUUCGAAGCUGUGAACAAGCUCUUUGAAGAAGGCCAGACCAAGGUAUGGCCAGAAGGUUCGUUGGAAGAGACGGUUCAAAAUGCGAUCAAGUCAUGGGAGAUGGAGUUAUCACACAAGAUUCAUUUACAAGACUUCAAGACUAUAAACCCCGACAAGUUUAAGCUCUUUGUCAAUGGGAGAGAAGGAUUAUCGGCUGAAGAAACGCUCAGGCUUGGGAGUUACAAUGCUUUGCUCAAGAACUCAUUGCCUGAAGAGUUUCAGUACUACAAGCCAGAGGAAGAGAGCUUCGAGUCAUCGCAUGACGCCUUUAGAUCAGCUUUACCACGCGGGUUUGCGUGGGAGACACUCUCUGUGUACUCGGGGCCGCCUGUUAUAGCCUUCAAGUUUAGACACUGGGGCUACUUUGAAGGAAAUUUCAAAGGUCAUGCUCCUACUGGGGAAAUGGUUCAGUUCCUCGGCCUGGGAGUUCUAAAGGUUGAUGAAUUGCUUAGAGCAGAGGAGAUUGAGAUUUACUAUGAUCCAGGAGAGCUGUUCGGGGGACUGCUCAAGGGACCUCCUGUUUCAGAGACUAAGACCACAGACAGUGGAGACAACACUGCCGAGAAACAUAGCUGCCCCUUCGCACAUUAA